CCACCGUCUCGGCUAUGCACAUGAAUUUGUUGCCAAAUAAUAAGAUGAUCAUGUUUGAUGCAGCUGCAUUUCACAUUUCACAAAUCAAGUUGCCCGGUGGCAAAUGUUUUCCGUACACGACCGAUCAAGGCGCUGCGAUGGAAGAUUGUUGGGCUCAUGGGGUCGAGUACGAUAUCGAAACGGGCAAUGUUAGACCACUCACGAUGGCUACGGAUCCAUGGUGCUCGUCGGGAGGGCUCGACGUCGAAGGAAGAUUGGUGAACACGGGCGGCUGGAGGGAUGGAACCAAAACCGUUCGAUACAUUACUCCGUGCGAGACUUGUGAUUUUAAGGAUUAUCCGAUGGCAUUGGCUCGUCCACGGUGGUAUUCGACUCAGAUCACCAUGUCGGAUGGUGGUUUCUUAUUGGUCGGUGGCCGGAGAUCUUACAGCGUUGAAUUUGUUCCGGCGGAAGGAAAAUCCAAUCCAAGAGCUAUCAAAUUACCGUUCCUUGAUGAAACAACUGAUUUGGAUGAGAAUAAUCUUUACCCGUUUGUUUAUCUUUCAACUGAUGGCAAUGUCUUCAUCUUCGCCAAUAGCCGUUCAAUCUUGUUUGAUCCUAAGACUCAUACCGUCCUUCACGAGUACCCGGUUUUGGAAGGCGGUUCCCGAAACUACCCCGCGUCGGCAAUGUCGGCACUCCUCCCUCUCAAGCUUCCACUCGUGAAUCCAGGGUCAAUUCCAGCCGAGGUGAUUAUAUGCGGCGGAGCUAAACCGGAGUCAUACCGGUUGGCGGAGAAGGGGAACUUCAUGCCGGCAUUGAUAGAUUGCGCUCGUCUAGAGAUCACAAAUCCCAAAGACGUUUGGAGGAAGGAACAAAUGCCAUCUCCUAGAGUAAUGGGCGACUUAUUAAUUCUCCCAACCGGCGAUCUUUUGCUUCUCAACGGCGCUACCACUGGUACAGCGGCGUGGAAUUUCGCCGAAAGCCCUAAUUACUCGCCUAUUCUCUACUCCCCAGACAAACCACAAGGUCAACGAUUCAAACAACUAGUCCCCACCAGAAUCCCCAGAAUGUACCACUCCUCCUCCGCCGUUCUCCCCGAUGGCCAAAUCCUCGUCGCCGGCAGCAACACCAACGCCGGCUACCUAUUCCAAGCUGUCAAAUACCCGACGGAAUUGAGGGUCGAGAAGUUCUCUCCGCCCUACCUUGAUCCGAUGUACGUCGCAUACCGCCCGGCCAUCCUGGCGGAGGAAUUGGUGCUCCCCUGGCAAUAUGGAAAGGAUUACGUUGUGAAAUUCAAUUUGUUAAUUGAGGGCCAAUUUGAUCAGAAAAAUGACAUUAGAGUCACGAUGUAUCCGCCGCCGUUCACGACGCACGGAUAUUCCAUGAGUCAGAGGCUUGUUGUGUUGGCGAAUAAGCAAGUGGCGGGGACCGGCGCCGGAACUUAUAGUGCGACGGUGGUGGCGCCGCCAUCUGGAAUCAUUGCGCCGCCUGGAUUUUAUAUGCUGUUUGUGGUUUAUCGUGGAAUUCCGAGUGUGGGAACUUGGAUUCAGAUUAAGUGAUUAUGAGCGAUUUAAUUUGAUUUAUCAAAUUAAAUUAAAUUCCUUCUGUG